AUGGAGCAAACCCUCCAGAUCCUAGAAUCCUUGAGCGACAACGGCACAGAUUCUAUUGCAUUGGACAUUGGCCGUGCUAUGCGCUCACUUCUCACCGCAGAAGCGAACGCUGCAAGAGGAGUGGUUUAUAAAACAAGCUCAUCUACCGCCGACGACAUGGGCUUUGAGAAUAGUAGCAGGAUUUCGGACUGUAACAGGGCUCUGCAAAUCCGCAUUGCUCAUUUUGGUACUAUCAAUUUUGAGCAUGGCGUUAUCUCGAAAUCGACUUCGCUUCCAGGAACAGGCUUAACGGCGGAAGAGUCGAUGGCCAUGGCCUCGACUCAGACAGCCUCGGGCCCCUCAGGCUCUUCUGCUGCGCAGAAUGUGCUCAGUCGGCAUGAGUUAUCAGCACGACAUCCACGGCAGUCAUCCCAGCAGAAUCUCGGGACUGGUGGAUUAGAUGAAUCACAACACAUAAUCUCAAAUUUGGAUAUAUCGCUUCCUACAAACCUGCCUGGUAUUGGAGAGGAGUGGGGUGACCUACAGGGUGUUGAUAUAGCUCUUUUCGACAGCAUUUUCCGUGGUUUGGAUGAUCCGGCUGUCACCGAGGAUACUUGGCCCCAGUGGAUGGACGAACAGUCAGGAGGGGGAAUAUGA